UCCCCUCGUUCCUCACCGGGACGGGCUUCCGCGGUUGCCAGCUUUCCCGGUCUGCCUUCCUCCAUCCCACCUGCAAUGCCUUGCUUCGUGUCGCGGGGUUAAGUUGCGUCUUCUCACUGCUGGACAACUGCUACUGACUGGCCUGGCUCCGAGCUCUCUCCUAGUGUCCUUCCAAGGUCUCGCCCCACGUUCCAAAGAUGCUCGGACAUGGUUUCCCGGCGCCUCUAACGUAGGUGGUGCGAGUUUACUCUACGUCAUAAGAAGGUAAAUCAUCGGGAGUAUGGAAACUAUACGAGCAUGUGCUUGCUCGACGGGCCGUUUCUCCUCAAUUCUUCGCCUAUAUGGCUCGCCACUCCGUGUUGCUAGGGGUUGGCCAUUCUAUCUAUCAUUCAUCCCACCCAUCAGAGGAAUCCGGUGACGUCUCACUGCCGCCCUGGGCACUUGCAAUAUGAGUGAAUUCGGAGGUCAACACCGUCAGCUGGCGCCGGGCCCAUCGCCCACCAAGUCUGAAAAGUUGCCAUCGGGAGAAAGUCCCCCGGGGGAAAGCUUUCGGACCCCGUCGGAUGUCUCGAAGAAACGCGUCUCCAUGGCCUGCUUGGCCUGCAAGAAGUCCAAACGGAAGGCAAGUCUCUUACUUUUUUGUUCUGGAACGGCGCCUUGUGACAAUUGUCGUGCGUUCAACCGACAAUGCAUCUUUGAUGAGACGCUCGAUCAGCGCCGAAGGGUUGCUGCGAAGCGUACCGCCGAUGAGCUCAGCUAUCAUCGUGAUAUGCUGAAUGACCUCCUGAAGGUGAUGCGUGCGGAGGAUCAGGCGCACGCUCUGAAACUGCUGGAAAUCAUCCGGAAGGAUGCAACGGCCGAGGAGAUUCGUACCUAUAUCGACGAUACCCUGGGCCGGAUUGAAGGACGUAGCAAGGUGAGUGACGCGGCGGGAAGGCAGCUGCAGGAAGUUAGACGGGUGAUCGAUGUCGAAGGAGCUGGACCGUCGUUUCGUCCCAAGGUCAUGGACAUCCAUUACUUAUGCAACGAAGUGCCCUACAGGGUCCCCGCUGAGCCCUGGACCACCGUGACAGGCGAUGCAGACCUCGUCUCCCAUCUAGUGUCCCUGUACUUCACCUGGGACUACCCUUUCCAUGCCUUUCUCGACCGUGACGUUUUCCUCAGUCAUAUGCGAAAGGGUAACACCAAGUCGGAGUUUUGCAGUCCAUUCCUGGUGAACGCCCUGCUUACAAAUGCAUGCCACUUUUCAGACUACUCGGAAGCAUACGUCGAUCCAGGAGACAUCAUGACUAAAGGAGCCGAUUUUCUCGCAGAAGCUGAGCGUCUGCGGGACGACGAGCCCACGAAACUCAGCCUAGCCUACCUUCAAGGCACGCUGUUGUUGUAUGAACGGUAUUCCAUGUCCGGUGAAGAUGAUCUGGGCUAUCGGAUGCUCCACCAAGCGAUCUGGACCGGCGAGUCUCUCGGACUGAUUGGCCCAAGGAAAGUCAGCUUGAAUCCGGGGCAGAUCUCGGACGAUAUGGAUAUCUCGAUCAAGCGAACGGCCUGGGGGCUAUUCCAUAUUGACACAGUGGUACAUGCCGAUUUCCUGCGGCCUAGUCUCAUCGACAAGGUCAACCUGGAACGGCCCAAUAGGUACAGCUCCGAGGACUCGAGUUUGUGGUACCCUUAUCCAUCUCAUCGGCCUGCUCGGUCGUCCUAUCUGAGUCAUUACUUUAACGAGUCAUGCAAUCUGUGUGAAAUUGCACGAGACGUAUCACAGCAGCUUUUUGGAAUCGACGUCCACGCAGCCUCGGCCGAGUACCUACGCCACAUCCAGGAAUCACUGUAUGAGAGGCUCCGUGGCUGGUAUAGUACAUUGCCGGAUGUUUUCGACCCAUAUCAUAGGCCACCCCCUUACAUCAUCUUGUUAAGGAUGCGCUACCACACUUUGGUUAUCAACAUAUUUUCCUUUCGAACCGAGCGAGUUAGAGCCACCCCCGACUCCGAGGCACCUAAAACCCCAGAAAGCCCCCCGGGCCUGAGCCCACUGCCCAAGUACAACACCGUGGGAAUCAUCCAGUCCGCCGCGCGCGCAAUAGCCGCCCUAACCGUUCUUCAUAGGCGGGAGUACGGCAUCAGUCGCGCCCACCAUUUCGCCAUGUACGCAAUCAAUCUGGCGCUAUUCACCCUGCUGGAGUUCGAGUCUUUUGAUAUCUUAGACUCGGAUUUCCUCGCGCUCGCGAGCGCCUUCUCCAACGUCGCCAGCCGGUCCCCUCUGGGACGGUCCCUCUUUCACAUAUUCCGGCAGGCGGUUCACGCCAAGGCGCAGGGUCGGCAGCUGCGGGAAUCCAAUGUGGUGUCGGAUGAUCUCAAGGCGAUGUUCGAUGAAGAGUCCACCUCGGCAUCCAAGUGGGACGAGUAUGCCAAAGGGCUGGAGAAGCUGGAGAUGGACGAGCGUUACCAUGGGGCUUCGGACGGGGAAUUCAGCCUUUUUGAAAUGCUCGACCGAUACGAGAGCUUGAGCCUGGGCAAAGAUGAGAUUGCUCCAGAGCGGCUACGG